CCCAGUUUCUAAAUCUGAACUUGCAUUCUUAGAUACCUUUGGAAUAUUUGGUGAUAACAACCUUCCAACCACAAUGAGUGGGAGGAUUGCUGCAGAUGUCGAGAUGAAGGAUACGGGUAACAUGAAUGCAUCGUCUUCACGCUUCCAAGGAGAUAACUUGCCGUAUGUCCACAAGGUUGGGAAGCCUCCGAAGCAAGAUUUGUUGAAAGAGAUCAAAACCGCCCUCAAAGAAACUUUUCUUUCGGAUGAUCCCUUGAAACCGUUCAAGGACCAGCCGAGGAAGAGAAAGCUUGUCCUUGGCUUUCAGACGCUUUUCCCAAUACUCGAAUGGGGUAGAGAUUAUAGUCUUGCUAAGUUCAAAGGCGAUCUCAUUGCUGGAUGUACCAUUGCAAGUCUCUGUAUACCUCAGGAUAUUGGGUACGCGAAACUAACCAACUUGGACCCUCAAUAUGGAUUGUACUCUAGCUUCGUUCCACCUCUAAUUUACGCCUUCAUGGGUAGCUCAAGAGAUAUUGCCAUUGGACCCGUGGCAGUGGUCUCUCUCUUGCUUGGAUCCAUGCUACAAGAUGAGAUAGAUCCCAUAACACAUAAAAAUGAAUAUGAACGUCUUGCUUUCACUGCAACCUUCUUCGCUGGAAUUACUCAAGCCACACUCGGCUUUUUUAGAUUGGGUUUUUUGAUCGACUUUUUGUCGCAUGCUGCUAUUGUCGGGUUCAUGGGGGGAGCUGCUGUUACCAUCGCACUUCAGCAACUCAAAGGGUUGUUUGGCAUCAAGAAAUUCACCAAAAAGACUGAUAUCAUUUCCGUCAUGAGUUCUGUGAUUUCCGCAGCACAUCAUGGGUGGAAUUGGCAAACCUUACUAAUAGGAGUUGCAUUCUUGACUUUCCUUAUGGUUGCAAAGUACAUUGGUAAGAAGAACAAGAAGUUAUUUUGGCUGCCUGCAAUAGCUCCAUUGAUUUCCGUCAUCGUUGCCACGUUCUUCGUUUUCAUCACUCGUGCAGAUCGCAAUGGUGUCCAAAUUGUGCGCCAUAUCGACGAAGGAAUCAAUCCAUCAUCGGUGGACCGAAUUUUCUUCAACGGAACCUACCUUGCCAAGGGUUUCAAGAUUGGAGUUGUUGCAGGAUUGAUCGCGCUCACGGAAGCUGUAGCAAUUGGAAGAACAUUUGCUUCACUCAAGGACUAUCAGCUGGAUGGAAACAAAGAAAUGGUAGCACUAGGCACCAUGAACAUAAUCGGUUCGAUGACCAGUUGUUAUGUUGCCACAGGGUCAUUUUCUAGAUCAGCGGUGAAUUACAUGGCUGGUUGUAAUACCGCUGUGUCCAACAUUGUGAUGUCCACGAUCGUGAUGCUGACUCUAUUACUAAUCACUCCGUUAUUCAAGUAUACGCCAAAUGCUAUCCUAGCCUCCAUCAUUAUAUCCGCUGUCGUAGGUCUCAUCGACUUUGACGCAGUUGUCCUACUGUGGAAGAUUGAUAAAUUUGACUUCUUAGCUUGUAUGGGUGCCUUUUUCGGUGUGGUUUUUAAUUCCGUUGAGAUAGGCCUACUCAUCGCGGUCGGGAUAUCGUUCGCCAAAAUCCUAUUACAAGUAACGAGACCUCGGACUGCCGUGCUCGGUAAGAUCCCAAGGACAAGCGUUUACAGGAACGUAGAGCAGUAUCCGGGUGCGACUAGGGUCCCUGGUGUUCUGAUCAUCAGAGUCGAUUCAGCCAUCUACUUCUCGAAUUCUAAUUACAUCAAGGAGAGGAUUUUGAGGUGGCUUGCAGAUGAGGAAGAACAGUUUAAAAAUCAACCAAAAGUAGAGUAUUUGAUUGUCGAUAUGUCACCUGUUACUGAUAUUGAUACCAGUGGCAUUCAUGCCUUGGAAGAACUGCAUGGUAGCCUUCAAAAGAGAGAGAUUCAGCUUAUUUUAACAAACCCAGGACAAACCGUGCUCGACAAGCUGCAUGCAUCUCAUUGUGCAGAGCUGAUUGGGGAAGACAAGAUCUUCCUAUCCGUUGCCGAUGCUGUUUUAACAUUCGCUCCGAAGAUGGAACAAGCAUAAAACACGGUUUUAAUUUGUCUUUUUUGGUUUUACACAGUUCGAUUAUCGUUUGUUUGUAUGUAAUUGAAGAAGGUUUAUACGACAAUUGACCGCGUAAUAACUACCCAUACGUCUUCUUUCCAAA